AUGGAAGCCACACGUUCCUGGUUCAGCCAAGGACCGUUCAAAGGGAAAUACGUACGAGAUACCAUCAUUUCUAUCCAGGAUCCCGUUCCUUGUCAAUGGAAAAUCAUUCGAGUGAGAAAUGAGCGCGGCAAGCAGAUUACCAAGGGGUAUGGUCAGCAAGGCCUUGUUUCCCUUGCCGCAAUCAGAUUGGAAUGUCGUCGCCAGAAUAUACGUGGGAGUCGAUUACGGCUGCCUAAAAUAGAAAUACGUGUGUAUGUGCAAGUUCCGUAUACCAAUACGGAACUUGAAGCUCCAGACAUACGUGCUGAGCAAGCCGCGGAUUUUCAGCCUGACGAGCUUAAGGCCUACAAAAUGAUGACUGCCGAUGAGUUUGUUUCCAAAUUUACACCGAAGUUACUUGGUUACGAGGAAGGAAAACAGGGGAACUUAGACCUGGUCCCAGGUGGCUUUCACAUCACAGUUGCAUGGGGGCAUCUUCCAGGAAUACGCCUUGGGGGACCAUGUAGAACCCCAAAUGAUCCAUUCUGGAAGUUUAAGAGAUUCCAGCGCGACGGAAUUCGCGAGCAGUUCAAAGACCGGUUUAUGGAAAUGAUUAGGCUACGUGUUUUCCCAUGGGCCACAAACUCAACCAACCUUCUGUUUGACAAACAAAGUGGGAGACUUUACUGGAUUGAUUUCAAUGAUGCGGUGUCUGGGGAAAAUGUGACCUGGGAUGAUGGUUGGUUUAUUUGCUUUGAUUUGGCAAACCCUCCAGAGGGUGACACGAGUUGA